CUCUGCUCCAAACACACCGUUGUUGUUAAGAGCUUAGUUCAAGAAGGUCCUGGUUGGGAAUGACUCAUCCACUUUGAAAGAGUUUAGAUUUGGAGAUAUUUCAUUGUUUUAAGAUGCAUCGCGCUUACCAGCCAAUUUUGCCGUGUGGCAAUAAAUACCUUCAGCAAAAGUGGGACAAAGUGACGUAUGAAGAACACAUGAAACGGCUCCAGACAGCCAAACCUGUGGUAGAUACCUCUCCUCCUCCAACAUAUGGGCAUCUUCAUUUGAAGUUAAGAAAACUCAAGCUGGAAAAGGAACGUUUGUCAAUCAUUGAGAGAGACAACUAUCUGCUACUCAGGAAGAUAUCUCAUAUUAUGAGAACUACGGGAAGAGUUGAUAACAAAAAUGAAUACGAGGCCAAAAGCUUAAACAGAAAAAUACGAGAGCAAGAAUUACUAAGAAUAAGCCGAGAGAAUCGUGUCAUUCUGGAAAGGAUUACAAAGUGUCAGCCUCAAUACAAGGUUCAGAAGUGGAAUGAAGACUGGCAAAAGACUGAAUACUACAUGAACAAUAUCACAAGAUACCCUCGUGGACUGCCCAUGUUGCCAGAUCAAAAGGAUCAAAAACUCAACAAAAUAGAAAAAAGGAGACAGAAAGAGAAACAUCUGAAAAAUGAAUGUUUGAAAGACAAAGCAGGAAAAAAAGAACUAACUGAACACAACAUCGAGCCAAGCAAGGAUCAUCAAAGAGCUAAUUCAAUAUAAAAGCUGUAAUUUUAUUUCUUAUAGAGGCAAUACUGACAGCAGAUAGCAAAUCUUAGGCCAAGACUCGAUACUAGACAAUGCCAUCUUUUUAAAAUAUAAAUACUGUAAAUAAAUAAAUAAAUUUUAAAAUGUUCAUUCUAGUUAAUAGAUAUGACACAUAAAGAAGCAAAGCAACAAUUGUUAGAAUAAUUAAAAAGUAAAUACAAUUGAAAUGACUGAAGAAUACUUGGAAGAAAACAGGUUAAGGCUGUUAAGUGUUUAUAUGAAGAUUAUCAGGGGUUAGGUGGUUCAGCAGUAGCAAAAAUCACAGUAUUAAUCAUAAUGUUGAAAGAAAAAGGAUACCAAAAGAUUUUAAAUGAACUUUAAAAACAUUCAUAGGAGUAAUCUCUUGGUAUUAACUACAUUCAGUAUCAAUUAGAACAUCUUUCUUUCAUAAUUCAAGUCAACUUCAUGGCUUUCAUGCUCCAAUUAUAUCUACUUUUGGUUAUCUACACAGAUUGAUCUGUAGAUGAAGAUAUAGGCUAUAUCUACACUCCCAUAUAAUCUAGUUUCUGAAUCCAGAUUUUCUGCUUUGAACUAGAUUAUAUGAGACUACAUUGUGAAAUGUAGCAGUCCCAUCAUAUACACUGUAUAGCAGUGUGGAUGGGGCCAUAGUCAGUAUCCUUCCAGACAGACAUGUAGCCGGGGGAGGGGGGGGCUUGAGGGGCUUCAGCCCCCCCCCCCCCAAAUUAUCUGGGUGGUCCACGAAAAGUUAUUUAAACUGUUAUGUUUAUUCAUAUCAUGAUCUGAGCACCAUGCUCAAUAUAUCCCAUAUGCAUGGGGGCACUGGCAUAACUAUACAAAAGGUUUGCUAGGGUAGAUCCUCUCUCACGCAGACUCAGCCCCCCCCCCCAAAAAAAAUCAAAA